AUGGAGAACAGCACCAAGCCCGACCACUGCAUCUUUGCAGCUGGCAUACUUCAGUAUUUACUCCCACCAGUUCUUUUACUGGAGUUCGUGUUUGGAUUACUGGGGAACAGCAUGGCUCUCUGGGUUUUCUGCUUCCACAUUAAGUCCUGGAAACCGAGCACCAUCUUACUGGCCAAUCUGAAUGUGGCUGAUUUCUUGCUCAUCAUCUGCCUCCCGUUUCGAACCGAGUACUACCUGAGGGCAAAGCACUGGGUCUAUGACGAUGCAUCCUGCAGGCUCAUCUUGUUCAUGCUGGCAAUGAACAGGGUGGGAAGUAUUGUAUUUCUUACGGCUGUGGCGGUGGACCGGUACUUCAAGGUUGUCCAUCCCCACCACAGAAUAAAUUUCUUACCAAACCGAAUGGCUGCCCUAAAGGCCAGUCUGUUGUGGAUUCUGUCCGUGGCCGUGACAGUACAUCUCCUGACUAAACCGCACCUGCAUAGGUAUGAGGUACAAGGAAACAUUUCAUAUCAGUGUGACAGUUUUGUCAUUUACCAAAAUAACACUUCUGGAUUUUGGCGAGAUACCUUAUUUAUUGCAGAAUUUUCUUUGCCUUGCUGCAUAAUUUUCUACUGCAGCUACCAAAUCAUCUGCCAGCUGAAGCGAAGGCAGCUGGACAAGCAAAGAGAGAUAAAGAAAGCUGUCAAGUUUAUAUUUGCUGUUGCUGUGGUUUUCGUUGUUUCUUUUUUGCCCAGCGUUGUUUCUAGAAUAUAUGUGUGGAUCCUGCAGUUACAGACGUCUAACUGCGCAACUUUUCAGACAAUUGACAUAACAUUUUAUACUACAGUUUGCUUGACUUAUUUCAGCAGUGCCCUGGACCCCCUUGUAUAUUAUUUCUCCAGUUCUACAUUCAAACUAUUUUUCAAAAGUGUAUUGCAUUUUCAAAAGCCACAGUCAGCACCUCCUUCUGAUAUUGCAGGUAGAAACAGAAGUACAGACGCCGAGGCCAGUCGAACGCCCUCAACAGUCUAUUUAUGAAAUAAAUCUAAGGCCUGGGCAACCAUGCAGUGAAUGAAACCGGUCAAGUUUUCUUUUAUGAGCCACUUUACAUCUCUACUGCAAUGGUUUAUGCAACUUAUCCUCCAGCUCCGUUGGCCACUUGUUAAGGAAGUCGGUAUUUCACUGUUGUUUUCCAUAGACUUUUGUCCGAAUAUGUAAGCAGGUGGCUUCACCAAUCACCAACACAAUUAUAGUCUUGGAUGGACAGUAUCACAGGCGAUAUCAUGACUCCAGAUUUUCACCAAUUUUCAUACUUGCAUUUUUAUUAUUUUUAAUUUUUUCCUUACCGAGUUACUCCCCUCGGCACAAAAGAUCUUUACAAGGGAAACCAGUUCAACAGUGCAAAACUAGUAGGGACAGUUACAGAGUACAUAAACAACCAGACUUACUAGCACUCCUUUGGAAGGUGCCAAAAAGCCCUCCGAUACCAGGCAUGCAAGCUAAAAGGACAACAUGUACAUUCCACCGAGGCAAGACCUGAACUCUAGAACUUGGAGAAAAUAGGCAGCACCAUGCAAAGGACAUAAUGAAAUAAUGGGCUGGAGCCGCAGACCAAAUAAGCACCAGCCCUAACAAAUGCGCAAUGAUGCCACCUUAUGUGGUUCUUAAUUUGUUGGCAUGGCUGUAGAGAUACUGUAUAUUUAAAUAGCGCAAGCGAGGGAUACAUUUAACUGAACUCGAUUUUCAACAUCCACUUUGUUACUGUAAUUGAUGUACUCUAAUACAAGAGUCCAUUUUUAUACAUCAUUUAAUGAUUGUUCUUCAGCAUGAAAAACAUGGAAACAGACUGAUGUGUUAUCGGCAUUAAUCAUAUGUAUUAACUGGAGCAGUGUUACCUUUUACUGCA